AAAGAGGAUAUGGUCCUGCUGGACGGUGGCCUCUUCCUGAUGGGCACCAACGAUCCGGUGAUCGCCGCGGAUGGUGAGGCACCUGAGCGGCCCGUCCACCUGUCGCCCUUUUGGAUGGACGUGCACGAGGUGAGCGUCCAGAGGUUUGCUGACUUUGUCAAGAAGAGUGGAUACAAAACGGAAGCGGAACUCUUUGGCAACUCCUUUGUCUUGGAGGGGAUGGCCAGUGAGGCGGUCAGGAAGAAUACUUCUCAGGCGGUGGCCGGCGCCGAGUGGUGGCUCCCGGUGGCGGGCGCCAGCUGGGCCGCCCCCGAGGGCCCCGACUCUUCGGCCCUAGCCAGUGAGGAGCGGCGGGGCCACCCAGUGACGCACGUGUCGUGGAAUGACGCCCAGGCGUACUGCGCCUCGCUGGGCCGGCGCCUGCCCACUGAGGCAGAGUGGGAGUACGCCUGUCGGGGCUCACUGGGUGGGCGCCUCUUUCCCUGGGGCAACGCCCCCACGCCCAAGGGACGGCACUACAUGAACAUUUGGCAGGGCGAGUUUCCGAAUCGUAAUUCAGGAGAGGACGGCUACGUGGGCACGGCGCCGGUCACCGCCUUUCCCGCCAACAGGUUUGGCCUGAAGAACAUGGUCGGCAAUGUCUGGGAAUGGACGGCCGAUUAUUGGAGUACGAAUCACCCUGAAUCAGCCGGAAAUGGAAAUAGCUCUCCACUGCGCAAUCCCACCGGCCCCGCCUCGGGCACUGAUCGCGUGAAGAAGGGCGGCUCUUUUAUGUGCCACCAGUCGUACUGCUACCGCUACCGAUGUGCCGCCCGCAGUUCCAACACUCCGGACACUUCGGCGGCCAAUGUGGGCUUUCGCUGUGCUGCUGAUGUUGCUGCUGAUGCUGAAUCCUCUUCAGAGGACAUCNAAAAAUGA